AUGAAGGUUCUUUUGACAGGCGGAUCUGGAUUUAUUGCUUCUCACUGCUUGAGGACUUUGCUAGCCAGAGACCAUACAGUUGUGACAACUGCGCGGAGUGCCGAGAAGGGUGAAAAGAUUCUUGCAGCAUAUCCGAGUGCCUCUGAGGGCCAGCUUUCCUAUGUGAUCGUCCCGGAUAUCGCCAAGGAGGACGCAUUCGACCAGGCCAUCAUUUCCGACCCCCCAUUUGAUGCUGUUGUUCACACAGCCAGUCCAUUCCACUUCCGAUUCCAGGAUCCCAAGGAGCUACUUGACCCUGCCAUUCGUGGAACCAAGGGGCUUUUGAAAGCAAUCAAGAAUAACGCUCCUACUGUGAAACGAGUGGUUAUCACCUCCUCAUUUGCUGCGAUCACUCAAACGGAGGAACACCCUGCUGUUUAUGAUGAUAGCAUGUGGAACCCUGUCACCUAUGAGGAAGGAGUUGCGGAUCGAGGAAAAACAUAUCGCGCGAGCAAGACCCUUGCUGAGCGUGCUGCAUGGGCUUUCAUGGAUGAAGAGAAACCAAACUUUUCUCUUGCCACCGUUUGCCCGCCCUAUGUCUUCGGACCUCCAAUUCAUCGCCCCGAGACCCCGGCCGGCAUCAACACAUCAAACCUCUACUUUGCGAUGUUGAUGCAAGGAGGAUGGAAGGAGAGACUUCCUCCAACAGGCACCUGGCUCUGGGUUGAUGUGCGUGACAUUGCCCUCGCUCAUGUCAAGGCUAUGGAAGUUUCUGAGGCCGGGGGCAAACGAUUCCUCGUCACUGAGGGCCACUUUGAUAUGAAGAAUGUCGCCGAGAUUGUUCAGAAGAAUCUUCCUGCGUAUGCUGAUAAGUUCCCACCUGUGCUGGAGUCAGACAAGCCCAAUCCUCUAUAUGGAUAUGAUAACAGCUUGUCCAAGAAAGUGCUGGGACUGGAAUACUUGCCGCUGGAGACUUCUGUUUUGGACACAAUUAAGACACUGGAAGGAUAUCAUGCCUGA